AUGACGUGUGGACAUCGCGCAUCUGCCCGCGCGGGCAUAUGGGCCUUGCUGCGAUCAAUUGAUUCAACAAUCAUGACUCUCCUCCAGUUUCUACGACACGCCCGCCAAGUACACCUCCGUUUCCUCUCGGGUGCCAUAUCUGAGCCUCCAAUAUAUGUAAUCGGCAAUCCCUCCGCCGACCUUGACUCCAUCGUGUCGGCGAUCAUCUACUCCUACUGCGCGAACAACCGGCUCCCGAUCAAAAGCCCACGAGCCCACAUCCCACUUCUAAACCUACCCAAUUUCCCCGCGGGCACAGAGCUAUGUCGAUUAAGACCGGAAUUUUCAGCUGCACUAUGGUCAUCGACCAAUUUCCCCGCCCUGAAGAUUGAAGAGCAAUUCGAGAACACCCUACAGUCCGCGGGUAAUUUCCUACGUGAGCAUGUUAUGACCGUCGCGGACUUUGCGCAAUCUCUCGAAGACCAUCAUGUGUGGAAACAGAUACUCGCCGACGCAACACUAGUAGACUGGAACGCGUUCCCGCGCCCUUCCAAGACCGAUAAGGGCUCUGGAUCCCUAACCGGGUUGUCGGGUGUCACCUUCCGGACUGUUGGAUGUAUCGACCACCACCUCGACGAGCACUCUAUGCCAAGUAUUGACGCAUUACCAGAAGGCCAACCGAUGAUUAUCCAGCCGGGACCUGGGUCAUGUGCAUCGCUCAUCACGCGAGAGUUGCAACAGCGGGAACUCUGGGACGCGAACCCGGAGAUGGUGCAGGUCGCCAAGCUUGCUCUUUCUGCGGUGCUGGUCGAUACCUCUAACCUCACUGCGGAAGGCAAAGUGACCGAUGUAGAUCGUACGGCAGUCGAAUUCCUACAAUCUCAAAUCGAGGGAGAAUCACAAGCUGCAGCGAACGCAAGAGGCGAUUGGGACUUGGAGGCUUUCUACAAGAGUGUUGUUCAUGCUAAGCAGAAUAGUCUCGAUCUUCUUACGAUGGAUGAAGUGUUGGACCGUGAUUACAAAGACUGGACUGAGACGUCACAAUCCUCGGGAAAGACCGUGAAAAUGGGCUUCUGCUCUGCUGUCAAGCCCAUGCGAUGGAUUGCACAGAAGGCGGGUGGCCCGGAGAAGUUCCUCGACGCCGUGCGCUCGUUUGCAGCUUCCGCUGAGAAAGACUUGGAUGUGCUUGUUAUUAUGACGGCGUUUACAGGCACUAACGACAAAUUUUGUCGCGAGCUGUUCGUCAACGUGAUGGGUGACAAUGAAGCGGCUGCUAAGGGUGUCAAGAGCUUUGUUGAGCACUCAUCUCAUCAUCUUGGGCUCAUAGAAUGGUCUCCGCUUGAUGGGGAGGAUAUCCCUAAGAUGACAGGAGAUUGGCUUUCUAUACUGAACGAGGAAUCACCUCUCUGGAGGAAACUGUGGGUGCAGACUAAUGCGGCUGGGAGUAGGAAGCAGGUUGCGCCAUUGCUGCGGGCAGCAGUAGCUAAAUUAUAG